CGCGGAAAGAUUAUGUAUUGUCCAGACUGCAUUCCAUGAGCCAGAUCAGCGUGAACAGGCUCCGCAAACUCUCGAGAUUCUUGUCUUGAUAAGUUUUGCAGGAUUGUGCUGAUUUCAGUCCUUCUGCUCACUCACAUAAAGACCUGGGCCCUUCGUAGACAGACGUUCCAGCAACCAGCCCAACUUCCUACACAUCUUACAGAAAUGGAGAGCGAGGAAAACAGAAACCUGCAGACGGAUUCCAAUGCCACACACUACUUGAAGGACAGUUCUCACAUCCCCCAGCCAAGCAAUCCAUCGCGGCAUAAGCGUGCCCUGCUGAAAUUGGAUCUCUUACUCAUUCCUGUGUUGGGCCUGUUCUAUUUCUUGAGUUUUUUGGAUCGAUCAAACCUUGGAAAUGUACGAAUCAUUGGUCUUCAAAGAGAUCUUGACAUGACUGAUUAUCAGUUCUCAAUGGCAUUGACUGUGACAUUCAUACCUUACAUACUUAUUGAGCUCCCAUCCAAUCUAUUGGUCCGCAGAAUUGGCGCUGGGAUCCUGAUUCCAGCCAUUGUCACAAUUUGGGGAUUGGUGACUUGUCUACAAGGAUUGGUUACCAGCUAUCACGGACUUCUUGUAUCUAGGUUCUUCUUGGGCUUGGUUGAGGGCGGACUAUAUCCAGCCAUCAUCUUAUACCUAUCUUCAUUUUACACCAGGACCGAGCUCCAAUUUCGGAUCGCCUUAUUCUGGGGCACGAUUUGUGUGGCUGGAGCAGCCUCAGGAUUGCUGACAUAUGCGAUCAUCAAGCUCGACGGUCAAUGGGGACACCCAGGUUGGGCUUGGGUUUUCCUGAUCGAAGGAUUUGUCACCGCUGUUUGUGGAGUCAUUGGGUUUUUCAUUCUGCCUGCGCGUAUUGAGACGGUAAGAAUUCUGACUGAAGAAGAAAAAACGCUGCUCAUAUUGAGACUGGAGGCGGCCUCGACGACCGGCUCCAAUGCCAUUGCAUCAGAUCCGGACCUUUCAAGCCACCAGUACCCCGCCAAGUCAACCAUGACCCAGGUCUGGGAAGCGUGCAAAAGCCCGCACGUGAUUCUCUUGAAUGUAGCACAAUUCGCAUGUGCGGGGAACAUCUAUAGUCUGGCGUAUUUUACACCUACCAUUGUCAAUUCCUUCGGUUACUCACCAUCAGCCACUCAGUUGUUCUCAGUCCCACCCUUUGGAGUUGCGUUAAUCUUCCUACUAGGGAUAUCGUACUGGUCCGAUGCGCGUCAAGCUCGGGGACUCGCGUGUAGCAUCAGCGCCGUCCUUUCGAUUGUCGGCUUUGCAAUCUUCUACGCGUCAGGCCACGAGCAAGUGAGGUACGGGUCCCUGUUCUUGUCGGUCCCGGGAGCCUAUGGCGUCUCACCAAGCUUGUCGGCUUGGACGGCCGACAACAGUGCCCCACAUAUGCGAAAAGCUACCGCACUCGCCUUGGGCACCAUGGUCGGAAACUCGGGGGGACUCUUCAGCGUUUGGAUUUUCGUCUUGGGGCACAAGCCGCGAUACAGCCUUCCGACCGCAAUCAAUCUAUUUUUUGGAGUGUUAAUCAUCGCCUGCUCUAUAUUAAACACAUUGUGGCUCAGUCACGCCCAGAAAAGGAAAGUAGCCAGAAGAAACGAGAUUCUCGAAAAGUUUGGUCCGCUUGAGGGAGGCAAGGCUUUCGAUGAAGCCAAGCUCGAGCCGGAGGAUCGCCCGAGCAAACAGGACCUUGCAUCUGCCCAAGCCUGGGACCAUCUCGGCGACCAACAUCCGGAUUUCAAGUACAUCUAUUAACCUCAGUCGAUGUAGCCGUUAGACUAUGUUCCACGUUCCAUCAUCAAGUUUUUAGACCACAAUACCCCCUA